CGCGCGAUAUCCACAUCAACCCCCAACCCCGCCACACCAGACGCAGAACCAUGGCCGAAGCUGCAGCAAGCGGCGUCCCUACCUUCAAGCUCGUGCUUGUCGGUGACGGUGGUACUGGAAAGACAACCUUCGUCAAGCGCCAUUUGACGGGAGAGUUCGAGAAGAAGUACAUUGCGACACUUGGAGUAGAGGUCCACCCGCUUGGCUUCACAACCAACUUGGGCCCUAUCCAGUUCGAUGUCUGGGACACCGCAGGUCAGGAGAAGUUCGGUGGGCUGCGCGAUGGUUACUACAUCAACGGCCAGUGCGGUAUCAUCAUGUUCGAUGUAACCUCGCGCAUCACAUACAAGAACGUGCCCAACUGGCACCGUGACUUGGUCCGUGUCUGCGAGAACAUCCCCAUCGUCCUCACUGGAAACAAGGUCGACGUCAAGGAGCGCAAGGUCAAGGCAAAGUCCAUCACUUUCCACCGCAAGAAGAACCUCCAGUACUACGAUAUCUCGGCCAAGUCCAACUACAACUUCGAGAAGCCUUUCCUCUGGCUCGCCAGAAAACUUGUCGGUAACCAGACUUUGGACUUUGUAGCCGCCCCUGCCCUGGCUCCUCCUGAGGUCCAGGUCGACCGCGCUGUCCUUGAGCAGUACCAGAAGGAGAUGCAGGACGCUGCUGAUAUGCCCCUGCCCGACGAGGAUGACGCCGACAUCUAGAUGUAGCCGCUCGCGGAUGGCUAGAGCGCCAUAAUGGGUAUCACGACAGGGUUCACAGAAAUUAGCGGUCUGGAACAGCAUGAUGGACAGCUUUCGGACACUUUCAACGAAAACGGGCACGACGGAACGACGAACGGAGGAUCUCUUCCGAGGGCGGAGCGCUGGACUAGCUGGCGUUUCCGAUGAAUGAAUAACAUAGACGACUAUUGGCUUCAAACACUAUGCCUCAUUUCUUGAUAUUGCUUUUCAUGUUAUAUUUCAAGAGAGCUGUAGCAAACAGACGGCUUUUCAGAUUCUACAAGAGAUAUCAAGUAUAUCCCGUAACCAAAGAACAUACAG